AUGGUUACAGAGCGAAGACUACCUAACCUACCUCAAUUUGUAGAAAGAGCUAACCUGUAUUCUCCUUUAUCGACCGUUGUUAUUGAACGAACCGGUUCUGCUUGGACCUCUCUGCAUAUCCUCGCCUCGGAUAUCCUUAUCCCCAAUCCCAAACACCUCGGAGCAGCGUUCCGUUCAAACUCCGUCUGUUUAUUCUACGCAAUCCCAAUGUCGGAUCCACCUGGCUCUUCAGGACGCGGGAUGUUCACGCGCGGAUCUUCAAUGCGGGUCGGGUCGAGUAAAAACCCGGACGAUCUCCCCGACGUAAGCAUCCCUGGAGACGGACCCCCGUCGAGGAGCUUCAAGCCGCAGUUCUCACGCCACGAUUCCGUCAGAGAUCACGGUGACGGCGAAGACGAUAGGAUCCUCCGUCAUCCGGUGGUUAAGUUCGAGGACGAAAGGCAGAUGUCUGCGAGAGAAGCCGUCGCGGCGCAGGAAGCUGCAGAAGCAGACGAGGAAGACGACGAAAAUGAUGAUGAUUCAGAAGAAGAAGCAGAGGAGAAAUCAUCCGCGCCGAAGCAGACGAUGUCGCUGAUGGAUCUGUUGGAAGAGACGGAUCGGCAAAUGGGGUUGACGGGAGCAAGAUACGCCAUGGACGAAGAAGAAGAAGACGAAGAAGAUGAAGACGAGGAAGAAGAAGAAGGAGAAGGAGAGCUGAGUUGCUGCGUUUGUCAUGUAUACAUCAAAGGCGCGACCUUUGCACCGUGCGGUCACACGUUUUGUAAGCUCUGCUCUAAAGAGCUUAUGGCUCAGAAAGGUCAUUGUCCUGUUUGCAUCAGCUUCGUCCUCGAGUUCCUCGAAAUCUUCUAGAAACAUAUCUUUGAAAUUUUGAAACUUUUUUUAUUAUUUUCUUGGAUAACGUUCAGACAUGUUACAUUCAACAGUGUAGACAAAAAGACCAAACAUUGAGCUUAACAAUGGUCAACAAGACGGUUGUAACCAUGACAUC